UGUGUGUGUGUGCGCGCGCGUGUGCGUGCGUGGUUACUCCUGCCGCGCCUGAGGCGGUCUCCCCCCCUCCUCCACCACCCUCCCCUCUCUUCGCGCCCCACCGCCCUCUGCGCCGUUCCCUGGCACCCCGAUGAACGAGCGCUGUGCGGUGAUUCUCCUCCGCGGGAGCGGCGGCUUUGUCACGGGCCAAGAUGGCUCGGUGGCACUGGCCGACUCGCAGGACCCCUUGCCCGGGGCCUCAUCCCCCACCUCCCCAACUCCCCUGAGCCCGGGCUCGGCGGCCGGCGGCCCGGGCGGUGGCCUCGCCGGCACCGAUUCAGCCUGCCUGCUGACAAUCAACCAGGCUCGCGCAUCGGAGUUCUCCCUCCUGCGCCGGCACUAUCGCCAUGUCAUGGAGACAGACUGCGUCGCGUCGGCCAUCCGUCUGACACGUGAGAGUGGCCUCCCCUUUUCAGUCGUCCUAUGGGACAUUGAUGAAUUGCCCGCCUCCUGUCGGGCCACCCAGUGCUCGCCUUCCUCCUCCGCUUCGGCUACCUCGUCCCCCACGCAGGCCAAUCAUGCCCGUCCUGGUGAUGCCGCCUCUUGCGAGGGGUGUGCCUACAUUUCUCCCGUCGUUUCCACGCACAGCACCCCGGAUCCGGAGCUUCUCCUGGCACGGCUGGACGCGGUCCGGGCCCUGGAUCCGUCGGUCGGCAUUGUCUGGCUCACCUCUUCCUACGAGGAUGAUCUGGCUACUGUGGCCAUCACCCGCGGGCUGAACAAUGUCGUGGUCCGCCCGCUCACGCCCCAGGCAGUUCGCACAUUGGCCCUUUCGGCCACGGUGGCCUCCAAGCAGCAUGAUACUUGGCCACCGGCGCUGGGAGACGGGGAUGGCACUGAAUCGCCGCGUGAGGCGCUGGCUCACCUGCAGCAGGCUGCUGCCGCCACCAGCCUCGAGGCCAUUGACGGGUCGAUCGACUACUCAAGCACAUUGAUUCCCUCUUGGUAUCCCCUGUCUGGCGAGGACUAUAUUUACCCGAAUGCCAUCACAAACCAGGGCAUCAUGAACAUCAUGGCUAUGUUUGGCAACCCCUUCGUUGAAGUGACCAUCUCCAUGUUCCCGGAUCAUAACUUCGAAGACACGGUCCUGAACAACUACCUGAAGUCCUGGAGCUUUAAUGCCCUCUCCCUCACCCAGACCCAGCUCCUCACGAGUGUUCUGUACAUUUUCCAGAACCUCGACCUCCUCAGCACCUUUUCAGUCGACAUGGACCGCUUCAAGCGCUUCGUCCUGGCUGUGCAGGCCAAUUACCGCGACAACCCCUAUCACAACUUUGCCCACGCGGUGGAUGUCCUCCAGUCGGUUCAAUGGUUUGUCCUGAACAUGAGCCCCCAGCAGCGGGCCAUCCUCCGGCCAUUGGAUGUCCUUACGCUGGCCAUCUCCUCGCUGUGCCACGACUUGUGCCACCCGGGGCUCAACAACUUCUAUCAUGUCAAUGCGCGCAAUGCCCUGUCCAUGCUCUACAACAACACCAGCGUCCUGGAGCACCUACAUACGACCUUCACCUUCUGUCUACUCGAGCGGGCGGACCUCUUCUUCCUCGGGUCGCUGACCUCGGCCGACUGGGACUAUUUCCAGCGCCAUGUCCGGUCGGCCAUCCUGUCCACGGAUAUGGCCAUGCACUUUGAGUUCAUCGGCAGCUGUCGAAACCGCACGGCCCCUGUCCUGCCGCCGUGCUCAUCGAACUCCAGCAGCUCCGACCUAUCCAGCAAUGGGUCGCUCCUGUCCAGCAGUGGAUCGGCCGAGCUUGGCGAUGCCGCGGCCGCCGGUGCCCAGCCAGAUGCCGGGUCUUCUCUCUCCUCGGGGGCGGAUUCGCCGUCAUCGUCGAGCCUGAACUCCGGCGGCCGGAUGGAGCCGCUGUCCUCCAUCAACAAGGGAGAUGUGGACUUGGUGAUGACCAGUCUCAUCAAGGCGUCGGAUUUGAGCAACACCGGUCGCGACUUCCCGAUCGCCAAGGCCUGGUCGUAUGUCCUGCGAGACGAAUUCGUCUCGCAGGGACAAUUGGAGAAGGAGCGCAAUCUGCCGAUGAUUCCCUAUGGUUCGGGAACCAUGGACCUGUGGGAUACCCAGCGGGAAUUCAUCGGCAAGGUGUCGCUGCCUUUCUACUCGGAAAUCGCCAAGCUGGUUGAUGUCUUCUACAUUCCGGUCGGGCUGAUGGAAAAGAACUUGGCCCUUUGGGUGGCUGUUGGUUUGGAGGAGGCCGCGCGUGCUGGCGAUGCCGCAGCCAUCGCGGCUCUCGGCGGAAGCGGCGGCCCCAUCGGUGCCUCGCGUGACGCAGAUGCCGGUGAGGAUGACGAUGCGGAGCACGCCGUUGCCGAUCACGGGGCGCCCUGCAUGUGUCCCCUCGAGCCGGGGUCCGCAUCUGAGCAUGCUCCUGCUGCCACUGUCACGGCCACGGCCACGGCCACGGCUUCGUCUGCCCCCGCCUGCCAGGCAACCAUCACCGUGACUCAGCAGCAGGAGCAGCAGCAGUCGCAGCCAUCGCGGCAAUCAUCGCCACCACAGCCGCCAUCCUCCCCGGGCGGGGAGGGGCUCAAGCGCCAUGGUAGUCAGCGGUCGCCACCGGGUGCUGAAAAGUCCGACUCUGGGACCACUACCAUUGUCACCGCCACCGCCACCACGCCGUCGGGUUUUGUCCAGUCGGCCGGCUUCUCUGAUCCCACCCUGCCGGACCCGGACUCCGGUCGGGUCUCGGCCCUGGUGGCCGCGGCCAACGCGCGCAGCCAGGAUCCUGGCGUCGUUGUGGCCUCGGCAACCGGGCAGCGGAAGCCGGCCGGGCAGGUGACCGUGGCCUCCCCGGCCACCCCCCCUCCCACUGCCACCGCGGAAGAUGGGACAGUCACGGUGUCGGCCGUGGCCACUUCCGGAUCUGCGGCUGUGGCGUCGGCUUCGGUGGUCUCCUCCGCGGGUCCCGGGGCGGCCCCCUCUUUUGCCACGGUGGCUGCCAGCGGAGCGGUGCAUGCAACCGCCUCUACGACGACGACCACCACCACCACCACCACCACCACCACUACCGCCGCCGCCGGUGGACACGGCGGCGGCGGUGCCAUGGGCUCGGCCAGUGGGACUCCCCUUCAGCGGUGGCCCUCCUGCCCGUCGGCACUGGCUUUCUCCGGCGCCUCGCCUUUCGGCCUUAAUCAGGGCCAACAGGCGCCCGCCAUUGGGGGACCCGGUGCCAGUGCGGCUGGCUCUUCCUCGACCGGUCUCCCGGCAUCUGCUGUGGCCGUGUCGGCGACCGAUCCGGCGGGUUUUCGCCCGGCCGGUGCCGGCGGGUCUGAGUCGGGUUCUCUCCCCCCGGGUGCCAUAACCAGCACGGCUUCGGUGAAUGUGCGCCCCUCCCCGGUGACCGGGGGGGGCGACAUGGCUGCCGCUGGCUCGGCAUCGGGGCUGUCCCCGCGCGCUGGCGGCCCGUCCUCCUCGGGGGGACCCCCUCCGGAGUCGGGUGUUACUACCUCCUCCCAUCAGGCUCACAUCCGCCGCCACCGUAAGACCAUUUCCCACCACCGGCGUUCCGAUAUGGAGGCCCUUUCGCGGACCCUCUCAAGCUACGAAACGCCGAAGCAUAGCGUGCACCUCGUGCAGGACGAGAGCAGCGGCAUCCACCUGUACCAGCCCGGCAACGAGCGGGAGGUGGCUCGGGUCAAUGAAGAAACCGAGGCCCGUGCUCGCGACACCAGCCCCCUGCACUCAGGCACCAUGCCGGCCCCUGGCUCCGUAAGUAGCUCUUCCCCUUGUCCGCCUCGAAUUUCGCCCCUGAACCAGCAUGUGUCUCCCCUGCGCAUGGCAUCUCCCUCGUCGGCGUCGUUCUCUGGCACGGUCGCUGCCGGGGGGCCGGGCCUCUCGGGCUCCGGUGCUGGCUCAUCUACCACUCCGCCGCCGGUGCUGCGCCCCCCCCGGCGGGCAUCCGAGUCGUCCAUUAACACCUCACGGCCUACCCUCCUCUCGCCGGUGCCGACUCCUCGGGCCUUCCAGCCCUCGAGCCUCCUGUCGGCCGGCGGAUCGCACCACCAUCACCACCACAUGGCCAGCAGCAUGGCCGGGCCAGGCACCAGCUCCGGGGCCUCCUCCGGUGCAUCGACUCCGACGGCUCUCUCACUGCAGCAGCAGCAGCUUCUUCUCCAGCAGCAGUUCCAGCACCGCUCCCCUCCUUCAAAUAUCCGGGCUUCGCCCGACUCCUCGGUGGGCCAGCUGCACCUGCAGCCGCACUAUGUGGCAGCCGGCGGGGCAGGGAUACACGCCCCGUCGCCGCUGGCCGGUGGUGGUGGUGGUGGUGGUGGCGGCACCAUGCGCCAUACCCUUUCCCGGUCGGCAUCCAUAUCCCACCCUCCCGGGUCUUCGCUGGACAUGGCUGGUGGACGGGUGGUCGGCCUUCGGUCGACCUCGCCCCCGGGGUCCCCGUCGCCUGGGGCCUCGCGCCGGCCGUCGACCGCCAUGUCGGCCUCCUCCUUGUCGUCGCUGAAUGCCGGAGGGAGCUCGAACAAUGUCUCGUACAUCCGUCCUACUGUCGGUAAUGUCACCGCAUCGCACUCACUGUCCUCCUCGCCGGCCGCCUCAUCGGCCUCCUUCCUGUUGACGGCCAUGUCUGCGUCGACGGCCGGUGGCGGGAAUGCCGGGGCUUCGGCCUCCUCGCCGUCCCUUUCCUCAACUUCGGCCUCGACCGCCUCUCUGUCCUUCUCCUCCAGUAGCACCUCGGCUGGAGUUACUUCCGCCUCGGCCUCGGCCUCGGCCUCGGCCUCAGCCUCAGCCUCGGCUUCGGUCGUGUCGGCCACUGCUGGCAGCACUGUCAACAGUGCUGGCACGCCGCGGUCCUAG